GCUCUCCCUACACACACACGUCACUUGUUCUCAUCCGCCCGUUUUCGACUUGCUCUCACUCUUCCGCAGAGACUUGCCGGAGAAAGAGCUCACGUUUCUUUCUCGGCUUCAUCUUAUUAUUAUUUCGUGCUAAAGUGCUUUGAUAACACGAAAAAACAAAACUAGAAAAUUUUCAUCAUUUCGUGUUUGUCGUUUGCGGGUUAUCCCCCCCUGCAAGAAGUGAGGAACCACGUGCCGUCACGAAUUUCCUUCUUACCAGCCAAAGUGAAUUCGUCUGGCGAACAUAAAAGACAAACUGGUUUUUUCGAUGAGAAUGGACGCAUUGCAAUCCGUGUCGUAACAACAACAAAAGAAAUUGGUCUGCAUAUUUCGGUGAAUCAAAGGAAACAAACAAACAAAACGAGAUUGGACAAAUAUUUGCGCGGGAAUAGCACAGCUGCACAGGCAAAGGUAUUAAACAGGAUGUGAGACAGCGUGAUGUGACAAUUGUAAUUCCCAUAUAUUUCUUCCACACCACUCGCCCGAGUUACGAUUCACCAAUUAACGAAGAAUUUCCUCAACUGUUUUCAUUUUCGACCGUAAAAGUCGUUUGUGCAUUCAUUGGUGUCGAUGUGUGUGGUGUUGAUUUAGCCAGCAAGUUAACCAUCAGUGUGUGAAACCAACCAAUUCAAUUGUAGAACUCUCUGUGAGCUGUCAUCUCGUCUAAAGAAGAAGAAGAACAAGUGAAAUGGGGAAUGCACGAGAAAUCCGGCGGAACAAUGAAACGGCCCUGGGUCCGGCACCGUCCGAACCACCUGCUCUACCUCCACGACCUCUGGUCGAGACUAUCCCCAACAACACCCGAGUCAUCGAAAACCAAGAUGCAGCGUCGAACAACAACUGCAAUCCUUGCAGCAAAAAAUACGUCAUGCUCUGUGCCGCUUGCGGCGGACUGGCCAUCAUCCUGGGCAGCCUCUUUGCCGUCCUCUACGUCGUCCUCCGCUCCUACACCUCGUCGUUGCACUACUUCGAGACGGUGCCCUCCUACGUCGCUUCCGUCUCGCUGAUCAUCACUGGAUUGCUGAUGCUCUGCUUCGGUUGGCGACGAAACCGCUUCGGAUAUCUGGUGAAAUUAUGCGGGGCGUGCUGCCUAGUGUGCGCCGUUGUGUGCGUCGUCAUCACCGUGACGACGACGGUGGUGCAUAUGAAUCGGCUGCAGACGCUGCGUGAGUGCGUCUACAAUGCCCGCGGCCGCUCGUGUACCUGUUUCACAGGUUCGUCCAGUGGAAUAGGAGGAGGAGGAGUUGCCAAUGUCAACGGCCAGCAACAACCGGCCGGAAUCGUUCCUAUCAUCGAUCCGACUCACGAUCAAGGUAGCGCCAAGUAUAUCUUCGCCGACACGCCAGACUGCGAAGUCGUUCACGGUGCCCUGUACGCCUGCCUGCGGGCCCUCUUUGGACUUUCGGUCAUCGGCAUCUUGGUCUCUUUAUUCUCCGGAAUGCUGGUCUACCAACUCCUCGGGCACGAACGGAAGAAAAUGUAUUGGGAACAGCUGGAACUGAGAAGCCGCGCCCUAUUCCGGCGCCAUCAUCCUCCGCCAUGCUGCGGUUGUUGUCAGGACUGUCGCUUCGCUCCGGCCUCCAAUAACCCGAUGCUGGCCUGGCCAGCCUGGGACGUCCUGGAUGACAGUCGUUACUGGAGUCUUCACGGCGGCAACUUGUACUCUCCUGGACCGUGUGCCAACGGGACGGGCGGCGCCAGCGGACAGAUCAGCUGCGGUGGACAGGCGCACGGCGUCAACUCGGCAAAUGGAAAUUGCCCAGCUCACCGACGACCAACCGGCAAUCCCGGAUGGAACUGGCUACCCUGGCGUCCGUCUGUUUCGGAUAGCAGUGACGUCAGCAGCACCGUGCGGACCAGAAGGACAGCGAAUGACCCUGGACCCGUCAUGAUAGGGCCAGAUGAUCAUUACGGCUUCCCAUUGAGCAGCAAUGGCAGCAAUUACCGCUCGCCGCUGGCUUUGACGAAUGCUGCUGUAGGAGGAGUAGCCGGGCCGGAGAGAGUGGCCGGAUGGGGCCCUCCGCCACCGUAUUCCAGGGGCAGUACUAGCGAAUUGGGCUCCAUAUCUGCAUCGACCCCCAUAGGAAGCCUUUCGCCGGCUCAUCGCAGCCCCGUCUCCACCAAAGACCAGCACAUCGGACUGGGCUCUUCGCCGACGGCCAGCAGCAGUGCCGUCGGAGGAGGAGGAAGUAAAGACAGUUCGCUGAGAAAGGAUCACAGGGCCGCCCCAGGUUUCCCUGUGAACUUACCGUCACGCCAGCAGCAGCAGCAGCAACAAAAUAAAAGUAUGGCCUCUGGUGUCCAUCCUUCCCCAGUCAGCCGGAUGAAUAUGGAUCCGCGCCGGAUGCCGUGGAGUCCGCAGACGGCUGGUAUCAAUCCGUCCGUCAUCUCUAGCGGUCCGCCGCUGUUGACAGCCAGAAAUCUUCCAGCGGCUCACCAAACAGGAUCGCCAUCUGGUAGAAGAGAUAUGAGCAGCGGUAAAUUGGUACCGGAAUCUGAACUCUAUUUCGCUGAUACAUCCUCGUAUGCCGUCUCGGUGAACCACGACAGCAGCAACUCGUCUGCCAUGUAUGAGGAAAUUCACGGUCACCGAUACGACAAAAUCCAGCGCCCCGUUGCCAAAGUCACAAGUAUCCGUAGCGGCGGCAAGCCCUGCCAGAGAUCCAGUUGGGACGGACAGAAUCAACGGCCCCCACCCGGUGUCCACUUGGCUGGAGCUGGAGGGCAGCCACGAUCGCGACACAGCGCUGACACUGUCAGCAAGGAGAAAAUGUUCUCGCCCAUCGUCGUGCCCAAGUUCAUCAACUGCACCAACACCAACGGCCAGCAGUCGUCGCACUGGGUGCCGCCAGGUCAGCCAGACAUGACCGCCGAUACCUGUUCAUUCGUUCCUUAUCGUCGAGCGGCCGUUGUGCCGUCGUCAUCUGGCGGCAGCAGCAACGUCAGCGAUGCCCGUUUCACCGAAGGAGAAGUCUACGAAAACGUCACCAACUUGGAUUUCGACGAGAAGAAACCGCGCACCCUCUCGCCCGACGAAGAAGUGGCCAUUCUGACCAGCCAGUUUCACGGAACUAUCCCCACGGAAAUGGAAGUGGAGUCGACUCAGAUGGAUUCGGAAUCGGAAGACAACGAUUCCGUUAUGAGGGCCGUCAAUGUGUAAAAAUAAAAUCACCAUAAGUUACCUAAUCUAUAAUAUUAUUUCACUAUUUACCGUGCUGUGUGUUGUAUGGAGCAGUGCCAUUGUAUAUUAAUAUACUGUAACUGUACUUGCG